ACAAAGACGCAUAUUAAUCCGGCGCGGCGGAGAAAUUGCUGAGAUAUUAUUGUGGCCGUGGUUGUUUCUUGAAUUGGCGUGACCAAAGUUUACCCCUUUAAUUUGGGUGGCCAUGCGUCCUACAAUCGGAUUUUUGGCUUACCUUCUCGCCGCCUCCUCCGCGGCGGUUCUUUCCGCUUUCUACCUCCACAACCACCACGCCUCUGGCGGCGGUUACGAAUCACCCACGGCGCCUCUUUCCUCCUACAUUAAACUUGCCUCCGAAUCCCCUCUUCGAUCCGAAGCCACAGUUUGGCCGGAGUUAAGGUUUUGCUGGAGGACGGUGUUGGCCACCGUGAUAGGGUUCUUGGGGUCGGCAUGCGGCACCGUGGGCGGCGUUGGAGGCGGCGGCAUCUUUGUCCCAAUGCUCACUUUGAUUGUUGGAUUCGAUACCAAGUCCGCAGCCGCCCUUUCCAAAUGUAUGAUAAUGGGAGCAUCGGCAUCAUCGGUAUGGUACAACCUGCGAGUGCCACAUCCCUGCAGGGCAGUGCCAAUAAUAGACUAUGAUUUGGCUUUUCUGUUCCAACCAAUGCUAAUGCUGGGCAUCACAAUUGGCGUCGCUCUCAGUGUCGUCUUCCCCUAUUGGCUCAUUACCGUCCUCACCAUCAUUCUCUUCAUAGGCACAUCUUCAAGGUCAGCUUUUAAAGGGAUAGAAAUGUGGAAGGAAGAAACUAAGUUGAAGAAUUCGGAAGCUGAACGUCAAACAAUCGUCAAUUCACACGGGGAACUUGAAAUUAAUACCGGAUAUGAGCCUCUGGUCCCUAAGGAAGAGAGAACAGGAUUGCAAUUAAUGAUGUACAACAUGAAUGUGAAGAAAAUGCUUGUUCUAUUUCUUGUGUGGAUUUCCUUUCUGCUCCUCCAAGUCUUCAAGAACGAUGUCGUUGCAUGCAGUCAGUUGUAUUGGUUAUUGAACUUAUUACAGUUUCCGGUUGCAUUGGGAUUAUUUGGAUGCGAAUGUGUGAAACUUUAUACAGAAAGCAAGAGCCGGAAACUCUCAGGGAACCAAGAAAUGAUAUGCGAGGCCGCCAUUGACUGGACAGCGAUGAACCUCGCUUUGUGUGCCCUUUGCGGCGUCGUAGGCGGAACUGUCGGCGGCUUAUUGGGUUCAGGCGGAGGUUUCGUUCUGGGUCCUCUACUGCUCGAGAUUGGCGUAAUGCCACAGGUUGCAAGCGCGACAGCAACCUUUGUGAUGAUGUUCUCUUCGUCCCUAUCGGUUGUUGAGUUUUAUCUCCUAAAAAGAUUCCCUAUCCCCUUUGCUAUAUACCUCACAAGUGUGUCGGUUUUGGCGGGAUUCUGGGGUCAAUUUUUGGUAAGAAAAAUCGUGACAAUCCUAAGGAGGGCCUCGAUCAUCGUUUUCAUCCUGUCCGGCGUUAUUUUUGCCAGUGCUCUUACAAUGGGGGUCAUCGGUGUGGAGAAAAGCAUGAGUAUGAUACAGAAUCACGAGUUCAUGGGAUUCUUAGACUUCUGUAGCAGCCAAUGAGAUCAAAGAAGGGCAGCACAGAAGAACACAUUACUUAAUAAAUGGAGCAAAAAGUCUCGACAUUGGUCAAUGAGUUGUUGACCACUUCCAAAUGCUCAUAGAAGCUAUAUGCUUACUCCACAUAUAUUUAUAUAUAUCCACUUCUGGCCGAGGGUUAGCCAGCGCUAACACAGUGCCAUGCAAGUAGAGCAUUUCCCUGUCUCAGUUUCUGUAAUUCUCUUUUUUUGUUUUUAAUCUUGUUGUCUUUGUUACGUUGUUAAUUAGUGGAUGUACACUAGAGCUCUGGUGGGCUGAUAAUUAGGGCGAAGUAAUUUUUCCUUAAUCUUGUUUUUAGUAUAAUUGCUUUCACUUUUCUUAUUUUGCCCAUCGUAAUU